AUGGAGGUCGCUGGCAACACACCGCCUGCAGCAAUGCGGCAGCAACACGAGGCGCUUUCGCCAGCCUCACACGACGGGGUGAAGGCGACGACUGAGCGACCUUCGACCGAUAGCAAGCCCACAAAUGCUCUCACGCCUCCCACGAGUGAAGAGAUGAACCUCCACGACCACCGUCAAGAGAACGAGGAUAGUGAACUGAGUGAUUUGGAUCUGGACGAUGAUGACGAGGAGGACAUCGAGCCGGAUCACUACUGGGAUGGAGGCAAGAUCCCGGUCUUCAAGCCCACAAUGGACCAGUUCCGUGACUUCAAGAAGUUCUGCGACAAGAUUGACAAAUACGGCAUGAAGAGUGGCAUUGUCAAAGUCAUCCCACCUCCAGGGUGGCGUGACUCUUUACCUCAGCUGGACGAGUAUGUCAAGCGCAUUAAGAUAAAGAAUCCGAUCACGCAGGAGUUCAAUGGCGCAUAUGGUGAAUACACCCAGCAGAACGUGGAGAAGCAGCGGUCGUACAAUCUGCCAGAGUGGAAAGCUUUGACCGAGGAGACUCAGUAUCAGCACCCCGCGAAGCGUGGCGAGAGGAGGCGCAACCAAGCGCAAGUCGUUCGUGGAGGUGGUAGCCUGCGUGGUCGUGCAGCGGCUGCAGCAGCAGCUGGCGUUGAAGCUGGAGAUGACAGCCCGAAGCCGAAGAAGAAGCCAGGACGACCUCGUCGCAAUCCUCUGCCAAUUAAUGACACCGAGUCUGGCGAUGAAACUUCUGGGAGUGGUCGUAAGACACGAGGAAAGGUACCUCCGACCCCAGACUCGCCCGCCACCAAGCCAGCGAGGGUCAAGCCAGGGCCAAAGGCUAAGCCUGGUCCUAAAGGCAAAGGUGCUCAAGCAAGGUCGGUCACCUCACGUCGCCUCAACAACACAGCCGAGGCUGCUGAUCACAUCGAUGAGGCGGCUUUCAAGAACUUCGACUACCAUUUGGACGGCCUGGAUGAGUACACUGCGGAGCGAUGUGCCGAGCUUGAGCAACAUUACUGGAAGAGUCUAGCAUUCAACCAGCCCAUGUAUGCCGCUGACAUGCCUGGCUCACUCUUCGACGAAUCUGUGACCAGCUGGAAUGUAGCACAGCUCCCGAACUUACUCGAUGUGCUCGGCACAAAGGUGCCUGGCGUCAACACUGCUUACCUCUACAUGGGAAUGUGGAAAGCCACAUUCGCUUGGCAUUUGGAGGAUGUCGAUCUCUACAGCAUUAACUACAUUCAUUUCGGUGCUCCGAAGCAUUGGUACAGCAUUUCGCAAGAAGAUGCUCGCAAGUUCGAGGGUGCGAUGAAGCAGGUCUGGCCACAAGACGCCAAAAACUGCGACCAGUUCUUACGCCACAAGACUUACCUCAUCUCGCCAGAUGUCCUUCAGAAGCAGUAUGGUGUCAAAGUCAACAAGCUUGUGCACUAUGAGGGAGAGUUCGUCAUCACCUAUCCUUAUGGCUACCACUCUGGUUUCAACCUCGGCUACAACUGUGCUGAAUCCGUCAACUUCGCCACGGAAUCCUGGCUGGACUACGGCCGCAUCGCAAGAAAGUGUAAUUGCGAGGCCGACAAUGUUUGGGUCGAUGUAUCUGAGGUCGAGCGCAAGCUGCGUGGCGAGCCUACACCAGAAUACUACGAGGAGACUGACGAUGAUGAUGACCUCAGCGACGAAGAGGACGGCAAUCUGCCUUCGCCCCCAGCUAGUGUCAAGGGCAAGGCUUCACGUGGGAAGAAGCGCAAGCGCAACAUCAAGGACGAGAAGCCGAAGAAAAAGAAGAAGAUCCGCAUCAGGAUUCGUGCUCCCACACGCGAGCCUUGCGUCAUGUGUCCGAACGACAAUCCAUGGGAGCCACUGCUCACCACCGACACUGCCAAGAAGGCCCAUCGUGCAUGCGCACUCUACACGCCUGAAACCUGGAUCGACAAGGACGACAGUGGCAACGAGAAAAUAUGCGGUGUAUCGACUAUUGAUCGAGCACGGCUGGAGCUCAAGUGCAACUUUUGUCGCUCGAAGCGUGGGGCCUGCUUCCAGUGUUCUUCGAAGAAAUGUACACGUGCUUUCCACGCAUCGUGUGCGGCAGCAGCCGGUGUCCUUGUCGAUGCAGGUCUGGUGCCGACUUUCGGCGAGGAUGGUACAGAGUACUUUGAAGAGGGCUUCGACUUCCGCUGCAAGUACCAUCGGCCGAAGAUGGAUAAGCACAUGAACGUCGAGAAGAUCGAGGCUGACAGCAAGAGGAUUUUUGCCUAUGCGAAGAAGAUCCAAUUCAACGACGUGGUCCAGGUGCAGUAUCUGGGCGCCGAAAUCUUUGCUGGGCUUGUUGUCGAGAACAGGCCAGGCGAGCAGACUGUGAUUGUCGAUGUGCUACCAGAAGGUGAACGUGUUGAAGUGGAAUGGAAGUGGCUUUGCCUCCUCGAUCCUGAUGAUUCUCUACGACCCAAACCAUCCGCGACUGCUCAGCCUAUGCCCGAGGGCAUGAACAAGAAAGCGCUGUCUGUCAACAACCGUCAAGACGGUGUGCCAAACCGGGAUGAUCCUUUCAGCGACAAUCUGAAGUACAAGUGGCACGACUUCUACAACAUGCACACACCUCCUCCAGGCUACACAUCGAAAGCUCUUCAGACACCAGGCAAGCUCAAGGUCGAUGUCAAUCACCCUGACUCGUACUACUUUUACAUGCCGGUGAUCUCGACCGAGGCCAAGUGUUUCUUCACAGACAAGGCUGGCUGCCAGGAGAUUGUUGCCAAGGCUAAUUUCCUGGACCGCGUCGCCUCUCGACCAGUACAGCAAUACAAUGCUCCGCGUCCGCAACAGAUUACUGCUGCUCCAGCCAAGCAGCCUAUUAUGCGUGCUCUACCACAGCUACCACGGCUGGCACAGUAUCCACCAACGACCAUUGGCAAUCCUGCUAAUCGCAUUGAGAAGCCGUACACUUACAAGCCGAAGGAAGCUAGCAGGCCAAAUCUCAUGUGGGGUGUAGACCGCGACGCCUUGCAGACUCAGCGCGAUUUCUUGGCGAGUGCCCAGCAACGUUCGACCGAGCAGUUCAAUCUACCGCAGCCGAAGCCGCAGUACAACUACCAAGGCAGCGAUCCAGCUCGCAAUCAGCCCCUCCGGCCAUUCUCGCGGGAUUACUACUACUCCAGCGAGAUUCUGCCAGCAGCAUUUCCUGGUGAGUACUCCGGCUUCUCGUCGGUCGUGCGGCGUCAGUCCGUAAGCUCACCUAGCCCCUCAGCUCAGGACCAGAGCCCAGCCUACGUGCCGAACUAUCAGUCCGUGAGCCAGCAGAUGAAGCAGAUCCAUGCGCCGACCGUGCCCGCUAUGGCUGGCGCGUCUACCAACCCGUAUGCUUCGGGCAGCAGCAGGCCCACGUCAUCUGCGCAUAGUCACCAGAGCCCACUCGGCGCCCCGCUAACACCUGCGACCACUGCAUCAUUGCCCACCAAUGGUAUCAAGACUCCGCCAGGCUAUCUCGAGAAUUUGCAGAAGUACGGGUACCUUAAGAACAGCUUCUUGCGCAGAUCUGCCUAUGUCUCGCCUUAUGCACCCGAUAGUGGCUUCUCCGAAGUGUAUCAGCCUCUGAAGCUCGAUGAGCAAUCAGUGGAGAGGAAGCAUGCCAGCACGCAUACGCCAAACACAUCAAUGUCAGAUGUCUAUGGCAGGCCAACAAGCCAGCAGUGGACGCCACCUUCACAAGCAUGGCAGUCUAGUGGCUUCGGUGGUCCGAAGCAGGCAUCGCCGCCGCCAAUCCAGCAGUAUCACGGUCCUCAUCCGACCCUUCAACCAGCACAUCCAGCUCGACAAGUCGUGCAGCCCACAUACCAGACACCGCUCGAGUUCCGCAACUCUUUCCAGGUGCACCCAAGCACAGCCAGUAGAGAUGGCGCCCAAGCACGUCUGAUGCGUGAUCAAGGUUACGGGUACGGCUCAUACGCGCCCCAUUAUGCACCUGCACCCCACCGCAACAGCUUUGGUCAACAGUCUGCACCUGCGCCGACAUACGAUACGGCGAAGAUGUCCUGGGACAGUCCAAAGGCGCCAAUACCCAGCCCGCUGUCAGACCCGAACACGCCUGGCAAUCAGAACUGGAACACGUUACCUAGGGCUUAUGGUACGCCGACCGCAAACAUGACAAGUGGACUACCAUCCACCCUGAUGCGGAGGCAAGGCUCGAAUGGCGGGAACGGAAGUGGGAGUCUAGGCUAUGGUCCUAUGCUGCCGCAAAUGCAUGGAAAUGAGACCUUCAGAUACAACUGA